UCGUCUUUCGCGGGGGCUGCUGGGUCUGGGUGUCGGUGACGCGCCCGGGUGCGCGCAGCCCUCAGGCCGCGCUUCGUUGGUCGCGCGCGCCGGAACCCGGACUCUGAGUAGAAACCGAAGACGCACGAGGGAGGACGCGUCGAGCAUGAAGAGGCAGGGGGCCUCCUCGGAGCGGAAACGGGCGCGCAUACCGUCCGGGAUGUCCGGAGCAGCAAAUGGAUUUCUCAUGGAAGUGUGUGUUGAUUCAGUAGAGUCAGCUGUAAAUGCAGAAAGAGGAGGUGCUGGUCGGAUUGAAUUAUGUUCUGGCUUACUGGAAGGGGGAACCACACCCAGCAUGGGUGUCCUUCAGGUAGUGAAGCAGUGUGUCCAGAUCCCAGUUUUUGUGAUGAUUCGGCCACGUGGAGGUGACUUUUUAUAUUCAGAUCGUGAAGUUGAGGUGAUGAAAGCUGACAUUCGUCUUGCCAAGCUUUAUGGUGCUGAUGGUUUGGUAUUUGGAGCAUUGACUGAAGAUGGACACAUUGACAAAGAGUUGUGCAUGUCCCUUGUGGCUAUAUGCCGUCCUCUGCCAGUCACUUUUCACCGAGUUUUGUUUAUUUUAGCCUUUGACAUGGUUCAUGAUCCAGUGGCAGCUCUAGAGACCCUCUUAACCUUGGGAUUUGAACGAGUAUUGACCAGUGGAUGUGACAGUUCGGCACUAGAAGGGCUACCCCUAAUAAAGCGACUCAUAGAUCAGGCAAAAGGCAGGAUUGUGGUAAUGCCAGGGGGUGGCAUAACAGACAGAAAUCUACAAAGGAUCCUUGAGGGUUCUGGUGCUACAGAAUUUCACUGUUCUGCUCGGUCUGCUAGAGAUUCAGGAAUGAAGUUUCGAAAUUUCUCUGUUGCCAUGGGAGCCUCUCUUUCUAGCUCAGAAUAUUCUCUAAAGGUAACAGAUGUGGCACAAGUAAGGACUCUGAAUGCUAUUGCAAAGAAUAUUCUGGUUUAGCCAGACCUCUCUGAGAGACAUGGAUAUCACAAGAUGAAGGUAGAAGAGUAGUCUGUAAUUCUCUGUGACGCAGCUCUAACCUUCUCUGGCCAGGACAGUCACAGUCUUUAAAUCUCACAUGGCUAUGGAGACUGUUUCUAAGAAGACAAAAGAAUUCAAACAGAACUACAAUCAAUUCCUUUGCUUAAUCUUGCCAGCCAUCUCCGUUAUCAUGGUUAAAUGUGGUCUAUGCUUCUUCCACAGACAGAGGUUUAAUCUAUUUUGUGGAAUUAAUUUAUGAACUGGGAAAACUGAACUGUAAGGUAUGAAUUCAGUGUGUGACUUCAGGGUCAAUUCAAUAACAGUAUUUUGCUUUUUCAUUUGUAAAAAUAAAAAUUUCCAUUAUGUAA